UUCAGACAAAGUGACCUUCACAAACGUAAUGCUUGACUCUUUCAGAUAAUAAUAUCACGUUAAAAUAUCAUCUAGACGGACCAAGGAUGGGAUUAUUUUUGGUGUUUUCUAUUCUUUUCGGCCUUUUUUCAUACUCCUCGUCUGUUACAAUCAAUGAACAGACUGUCAAUUUUUAUGAGGACUGGUACAAUCAUUAUCUGGUGUUAGUAGACGGAACUAGAUGUUACUUUUGGCAAACCACUGGCCAAGAUUCCGAGACACUGAAACUUCAAUCUGGACAAAGGGCGUUAGAGCAACAUAUGAUUGACCAAUUACGAAAAGGUGUCCAGUUGACCCAAUUCACGCCAAACAAAAUGACCGUAUCGUUUGUGAUUGUCAACCGUUGUUCAUCUGGGACGUCGUAUAUGGCAGCCAUACCGCCUUCAAACAUACACCAAGGAUAAAGAAAGUGAUUCAAUAAACAAAAA